AUGUCUCAAUACAACCUUGGAGGCGUUUCUUUCCCAGGUGGCCACACGAGUGAGCCAACCGAUCCCUGGAGGAGCCAGGUCUCCUCAGAACAAUCUGAAGUGGAGUCUGCUGCGUCCGCUGAGGCACCCACACCACAAGCGCACAAUAGCAGCACACCUCGGACAUCGGGUGUAGUCAGGAACCCAUCGCCCACAACUUUUCCAGAAUUUGCACCCCCACAUCAAUGGGAAUGGCAGGGGGUCUUCUACAACACCAUCAAAGAAGCCGCAUCCGCGGCUGCACCAAACACCGUCCCACAAGACGUAAGGGACUGGGUGAUAAAUGUGGUGUGGGCGUUCAUCAUGAGGGAUGUAAGGCUCAUCAAGGCCAACAAUACACUGACGCUCGAAGCCCAAGCAAUUCACAAGGACUUCGAGGACUACAAGGACAAAGUAAAGGGCCAGACGGAUGCCCUUUACGGCAAUAUGGUCGCCCUGAAGGAGGCUCAGGAAAAGACCACGACUUACAUCGUUAGGCUGGAAAGCUGGCUCAACAAUUCAAUCAUCAACGUGCCUCCCACAGGUAUCCCACAACCAGCCAGCCAAAAUAGCCAGAACCCUCGCCGAAUCAAGCUCCCGGACCCCCUCAAGUACUCUGGCAGAAAAUCUGCCGAAAACUUCGAAACGUGGUUCACCAAUCUUCUAAUCUGGUUGGACUACAACAGUUUUACGGACGAUAAGGACAAGAUUCGGCAGGCCAACGCACAUCUGGAAGGUGAAGCGGCUCUAUACAUGAAAGAGUAUGCAAUCAAGCUCGCCGCUGGACAAAACGUUGGUACAUGGGCGGACUACACCAGGAAACUGGAAAUGGCUUACAAGACACUUGACCCCAAGCGCACAGCACAAUCAAUGUUGGAUGCGCACUGUGCAAUUCACCACAAGACGAUGAUCACCUUCACCGAGAGUUUCAGGGCGUAUGCCCCAGAAUCAGGAUACUCGGACGAGGAUCUAAUCGUCAAAAUCAGAGAACAACGGUCUCUUCAUAUUCAAACGGUCAUGUCGGUCACGGAAACUUUGGAUCCAUCAAAGAUCCCGACCACCUGGAUGGAGUACCUGGAGUUCCGCUUGGAGAUUGAAAUCAAGCAUCAGCAGCAACUCUCGGGUGCGAAACUGGCAGGACCAACACAGGCAAAGAAUACCGAACCCAAGGACCCCAACACAAUGGACACCAGCGCUAGAAUAGCACAUGAACUCUCCCCCGAACAAGACAGGUGGCUUGCUGGCAAACUAUGUUUGUUUUGCGGAAAGCAUGCCUACGAGCGGGGAAAGAAGUGCCCUUCUCCCAAACCUGAGUAUAAAGGCAAGCGGUUUCAAACCUGCAACAAACCUCAGGAUAGAGGAAAAGGCAAGGUGCAACGGGUCCGACAAGUCGACGAGGACAACGGGACGGAGACAUCAGUGCAAAUUGCAGCUUUGGAACAAGCAAUUGCUGCACUACGCGGCAUGAAGAGUUCCACUCCGACCACCUCGUCCAAGGGCAAAGGGAAGGUGAAGCAAGAAGAUGCGGCAACAUCGGCAUCGGCAUCAACGGUUAAGGACACCACCACCCGAAUCCUCAAAUUGGACGAAUUCACCGAGGAUUUUCAGUAUGCAGUGUAG